UGUCGCGCCGGAAGAGAAGAAGGUCCUUUCCCAGCCAUCUUGUGGCUUCAUCUAGCGAAGUAUUCGCACCAAGCCUCGUAGAAUCGGAGGAAAAUCCUGCUGAAGGGGCGCCAUCAUGCCCGGACAAAUGCAAGAAGGUUUUGGCUGUGCCAUAGCCAAUCGGUUUGACCAAUUAUUUGACGACGAGUCGGAUCCUUUCGAGCUGCUGAAGCAGGCCGAAAUAAAGAAGAAGAAGGAGGCUGCUGCUCCUGGUGCCGCCAAGACUGCAGCCCAGGCUGCCAAGCAGCCGAAAAAAGAAUCCCAAAAAGACAGAAAGACCCCACUGACUGAUAAGAAGGAGGAGACCCAGGCACCUGUCCCACUCAAGAAAGAUGGUGCUGGCAUGAGGAGAAUGGGCCGGAAGCCGGAGGGCGAAGGCUCCAGACCACAGGGUGGCCAGGGAGAAGGGCGCCCCCCCACAGACAGACGGCCUGUGGACAGGCGGCCACCUCGCCGCUUCGAGAGACCUGCUGGUGAUGCUGGCGAGAAGCCUGAGGGCGGCGAAUUCUCAGUGGAGAAGCCCAUCGGUGAUAGGCCAAUGAGAGGACGUGGUGGCGGCAGGGGAGGCCGUGGAGGCAGAGGACGCGGCAUGGGUCGCAGCGAUGGCUUUGAUUCCCGAGGAAAACGUGAAUUCGAUAGACACAGUGGCAGUGACAGAUCUAGUCUGAAAGGUGAGGAGAAGCGCGGGGGAAGUGGAUCUCACAACUGGGGCACUGUCAAGGAUGAACUGAAUGAACUUGACCAAUCAAACGCCACUGAAGAAAACCCUGAAGGAGAGGAGCAUCCACCUGCCGACUCUGAGAACAAAAGGGAGAAUGAGGUCGAGGAAGUGAAGGAGGAAGGCCCCAAGGAGAUGACUCUGGAUGAAUGGAAGGCCAUGCAGGACAAGGAACGGUCCAAGGUUGAGUUCAACAUCCGUAAGGCCAAUGAGGGAGCUGAUUGGAACAAAGGAUUCGUGCUGCACAAGUCCAAGGCAGAUGAUAAGAAAGGAGAUCUGAUUGAACCUGAGAUUGAGGAGCCUAAGGUUGAUGAUGAGCACCACUUCCGGAAGCCAGCCAACGACAUCACGUCCCAGCUGGAGAUCAACUUCGGAGACUUGGGCCGUCCAGGCCGUGGACGUGGGGGACCACGUGGAGGCCGAGGAGGUCGUGGCCGUGGAGCUGGUGGUCCUGGUGGUCCUGGUGCUGCUGGCGGCGGCGGCGCCGGCGCCGGUGAAUCUACUAGGCCGGUCCGCGGGGGAAGGACUGACAGGUCGUCUGCGUCUGUGCCAAACGUGGACGACCCAGAGGCCUUCCCAGCUCUGGCUUAAGUCCCAGCUGCUGACCCUCAGGCCUACAGGAGCCUCCUGAGCACCUCCACUACGAGGCUUGCAUGUUCCUGGAUCCUUCAGCAAGGUGAAAUGAUGGAGAAGACUGUCAUAACUAUGGCACUCAAUGUGAGGACUGAGUUUUACCCAAUUAAAAACAAAACGAGGAUGGAAAAAAAAACAGAAAUUAAAACACAAAAAAAAAAACAAAAAAAAAGAAAAGGACUUCUUGCUACUCUGGAGCAACUUAUUGGUAGAGGUUUUGUACUUGGAAACAAAGUAGCAGGGAUGUUUUCAUACAGUAUUUUUUUCAGAGGUUAUGCAUUGUCCAUUGAUACAUUUUUGUAAUUGCUGCUUGAAAAUAUGCAUUUUGAAAUGUAAGCAUAAGAGUAUCUGAAGCGUGGUGUGUGCCAUUGCUUUGCUCGCUUUAAAAUAGGCACUGUGGAGCUCCAACUCAAGCUCAUAACCUCUGCCGCACCAGGUAUUUCUAUUGAAGUUUCAGCUUCACUCAUUGAGAUUUAUGGAUUUUUUUUUUCUUUAGCACUGAGGUAUUGUUUUAUAUUUUAUACAGGAGGUCUAUUCUUGUAUGAUCUUCGGCCUGUAAAUCUUAACUAUUUUCAUAAUUCUUUCAGAGACUGUAUUUCACAUGGUGCAAAUAGGACAUACCUUGAUUUUCGAUCAAGAGAUGCUGCCUACAUUUGAAUGCAUUGAUGAAAUGGUACCUAAAUUCAAAUUAAAGGUUCUUUUGUGCUGAAAUGUGCUACUUGAGCAACAUUAGGUCAUUUUGGAGGCGACUUCCCUCCUAAACUUGCGUUAAUCCGCAGACAUUUGUCAAGCGGAUUAAUUAGACGCUGAAAAUUAUUCCACGUGUUCUGAUCUAUUUGUAUUUGGGGUGCUAUUCACCAUCUAAUGUAUCAUCCUCCACCCAUUUCAUCUUUGAUCUCUAGCCAUGUGCAAGUCAAUGAAUGCCUUUGUUCUUAUUUUAGAGUGAUAAGGAGAGGAGGUGUUUUUUUUUUACACAGCUGAGAUGUGGCUGUAGACGUCUGGAAGCCCUAGGUCCCUCUCCCGACUGUUUACACACUCCACUUGCGCAUCCUUCCACAGAUGUAAACUCGGCCCAGCUUCAGUUUGUUUCUGCAGUCUGUCCUGUGCUGAUAUUUUCCUCCUCUGUUGACUUGCCCUGUAGCUUCCACAGUGGCACCACUGCAUAAUUGCUCUGAAAGAAAUACAGUUGUCCAUUGUGUGGAACAACUGAAGUGCUCUACAGAUGUGUGAAUUCUAGCCCUGCUAUUGGAGACCUCUGUCGGUAAAUAAAGAUGGUCGAUAAAUUUUU